UUGAGCAGAUUUCGACACAUACAAAUUUUAAUACACCAACCGCCUGUAUGGUGGUUUUUACGCCUCGUUUUGCUUUGGAUGGGAUUACCUGGAUACGCUCUUCUCUUCGACUUGUACAUGCAUUUUUUUCAUUCAACCAGAUGGGAAUGACCCAUCGAACCUCCGUCGAUAAUAUUAAUUCCAGUGAUGAUGGAAUCCGUCCAGCCUUUUGGUUUUCGGCUGCCUCGGUCCCGCCUCACUGUUGGAGACGUUCGCUUGUACACAUUAUUUCUGGGCAUCCAGAACGAACAUUUUUAUUCGAUUCCGACUUUCGUCAUUCGCUUUUAUAUUCUUUACUGGUCGGGCACUUUUGAUUCUUUUGCCCUUUUUACGCUCGGCCAGCUGCACAAACUUUAUUUCGUGUCGAUCGCUCACACACGGCGCCUGGGAUUGGGACACAUCAUGGGAAACAAAAAGUUUCGGCGCCUUUGCUUGCACUACACUCGCUGUGCAUUAGAAGGGAUUCAUGUUUUAAUUAACGACUGUUUGCAUUGGGCAUAUAGAGAGAGGGGACGGGAGGACCUUCUACACUUCUUUUAUUCGACGGUCCUCCCUGAAACAUACCUUCGUUUGAAAUUUGCUGGACCGUGGAUUCGUCUGUCAGGCCAAACACGGAUGACCAAAUUGGAGGAGACUGGGCCAAUUGCAUUUGGUUCCAUGAGGGGCCAAGGGGAAGGAUGCUUGACGGAGACAUCUAUACCCAUACGACUUGCUUUGAUUCUCACGCUAUCGGGAUCACACCGACUUUCGACAUCCUACGCUGCACAAGACUUAUAUACAAGCCAGACACUAUUUUUACCUGUCUGCGUCUCUUACUCUGGGGUUGGAGCAUCCUAUACCUAAAGUUUGGCGAUGGUGGUCGUGGGAUUGUUGGUCUAUCCUUAGCAUUAUUA